AUGGCCUGUUUGAAACUUCAAGCAAUUCACGAAGCGCGCCUGUUUGAAGAAGAAAGGCGGCUGCAAGGCCAAGACUCUGGCAUUGCGAAGGAUAUCGCUGAUGAGAUUGUCAGCUUCUCUCACACGGUACUGAAGGACGUCGGUCGAUUGGAAGCACUGUAUGAGAAGGUUAUUCAGUUCUGCUUUACCAGAUAUGUCGGUGCCCCAUGGGUCAAAGAGGGAGACGACUCAAUGGCACUGAAGGACACCAGGGCGGCGUUGGAAUCUGCCUUCCCCAUCUCCGGGCUGCGCUCACUGUUCGGCUUGACCCCUAGAGAGAGAUUUCGUCACUUGGAAGAACUUAGUUGCAUCGUGUUAGGAAUCAGAAUUUUCAAUUCUCUGGUUGGCGGUGGCACCGCCCUUUGUCUGCCUGAUCCGAAGAAUCUUCUCACAUUGCACAGCCCCGACUUACCUCUAUCCAUAGAGCAGGAAAUUGAAGAAGGCGAAAAACAGAUUCAGGAGCUCGUCAAAAUCCUCCUACACUCUCCUGUGUUGUUGGCAAAAGCAGGCAGUGAAACUGCUGAGCAGGAUUUGGCUCUGAUUUCGGCGCAGCACAUUUAUAUGACGCAGCUUAACGCCUACAGGAGGGCACUAUUGACGGCAUUCCUUCAUACAAGGCACCAUCUAAAGGAAGCCGUUUCCGAAUGCAUGUCGGAAAUAGUGGGAGUUGGAGAAGAACUAAACAGUCAACCGUGCACGUCGCGCGACGAUGUCUUCCCGAAGUUCUCGCGCAUAGCCGUGUCCUAUCGCAAAGCCUUCCAAGAAAACGAAAAGCUGUGCUCUCUGAAUUGCCUCGUUGCCUUUCUGGCAAGCCUAGCUGGUGAACAUACGCUCGAUGUCGCCUCGAACGUCGAGUCGGCCUGUCGCCGCGUCCACGGUAUCUUUGCCUCUGUGGGGCAAGGUGACCAAGAAGAAUGCAGGGGAGUUCGUUCAGCGGAGAAUGCAGAAAAGGAAAGAGAUGACAAUGAAGUAGAACGACCCGAUGGAGAGCCUCCCAGAGAGUUUGAUGGCAAGUUCGAGUUGGGUGGGAACUGCGCGUGGUGCUUGGCCAAAUACGCCGCUCUUGUCCCUGCGGAUCGUUCCAUUGCUGCAAUCAGCUACGGAGGUGACGCCUAUGCGUUCUCAACGCUUCGUGGCGCCAAAGAAUUUGCGCAGCAUCCAGAUCGUCUCCUGUCAGAUAUACGGCAACAGAUAAGAAGACAGCCGGCCUUAAUUCAUCUUCUGAAUCUCGAUCGUCUGUACCCGAGGUCCAGCCUGCGGAAUAUCCUCAAGCUCCAGCGAAAUAUCGCCACACGUCUGAAGCAAGAAACACCACGUUUUGGUAAAGACACUGCCACAGCCGACCAGCUGUUCCUUUUGCUUCACGAGCCUCGGAAUGCCGACGCUGCGGUUAUGACUCCAGUACAUUUCGAAACGCUUGAGAGAGACACGUCGUACCACUGGAACGAAUGGGAGUUGAGGCGCAGAGCCCUAAAAGUAGCUGAUAUUCUCAACAGGACAACAAGGAGCUCACAGACGAAAAGCUCGCACUGCCGUAUGGAACAGGAGACACAGGUCUACCCGCUCAAAGAAAAAGAACAGAACACAAUGAAGAGCAAGGGCACGAGUACCAUCCGAACAAAGAAGUACAUAACUGGUCUACGAGGAAAAACGAACACUAAGGCGGAAACAGUCAAGGUCGAGCUAGACCCGUGA